AUGGGACAUGAUGAAACUCCAACAGAGAAAGAUUCUUAUGACUUGGCUCGGAACUAUGGAUUGGAUAUAUCGAUGCCGGAUGUCAACCUCGCUGUGUCAACAGCAGCACAGAAAGUCUACGCCAAACAGUGCAACAUCCUGUAUAAGGAAUUUCAAAAGACAUUAACCUCUCUAAUCAAAGAGGAACAGGUUGUCCGGCGAGAUUUGAGAAAGCUGAAAAAGGAUAAAGCAGUUAACAGUCGAUAUUCUCUCUACAGGACGGAGGGGGCCGAUCUUUUCUCCAAAGCAAGCCAAAAAAGGAAGACGUUCAGGGAGAAUAACUUGGCCACCAUAUCUCCGCUAUUGGAUGACUGUUUCGAAUUCACACCAUAUGGGGUCGACUCUGUGAUCGCAGAGGAGGAGGAGGGGGAAUCAGAUGAUCGUCCCAAAACUGCCCCAGGUAAUAAAUCGCUGUCACCGGAGAUGAAACCUGUGGAUGGCGAGGUGGAUUCGGUAUUUGAAGCAAACAGACCUAAAACGGCUGGUUUUCCGUUAGCUACGACCUCCAACACAAAAGAAGCUAAAACGACUUCCAAGACGGAAGGAAAAUCUAUUAUGAAACAAUCUGAUCGAAAAUUUUCUGAGUCAGGCCAGAAAGAUCAUAGAGGCAGUGAUCAAAAAAGUAUAGAAAUUGAUUCUAAAGAGAUCAAUCUGCCCGAGCAAAAAAUCGCACAAAUUGACAGACUUUUAAAAUCUGCCAGUCAAGUGAGGUCUCUGCCCAUUGACCAUGAAAUGACGUCACUCCCAGACCUAAAAUCUGAGGAAAGUGACAAUGAGGAUGGAGAAGUUGACGUGCAGACAGAAAGAACAAGAGCGAGAAAAAUCACCAUCAAAGCGGAUAAAUUCCUUGAACUAGAAAAGGGCAAUACCACUGUGAAAUUAAAGGACAAGGAUGGCGAGUUUAUCUUGAAACCACUCAACAUUAACUACGAACCAGAUGAAGUUGAAGCUGUGUUCUUUGCAAAGGAUCCUACGCGUGAGAAAAUGGCUUUGGUUCGACAGAAAACUAACUGGAGUUCUCAAACAGUUUCGGCGGAUCUCAAAGUCAACAACAGAAUAGCAAUUCAAAAAUCGCUUAUGGGUAUGAGUUCAAAGAAAACCACUGUCGCUGAAAUUUUCAAUAAUGCAAGAGAUAGAAGAACUCGACAUUUUAGGAUCAUGCUUAAAAAUCCUUUGAUAAACGCCGAGAACGAGGAGGCUACUAAAGAAAGGAAGAAGUCGAUAAUAUCAGUCCCCCCGGGUAUGUCCAAAUGGAAAUCGCUUGCAGCUGCUACUAAAGUGUCAAUGUCUAACAAAUCAAACGAAAAAUCAACAGCGUCCACCGCCGUUCAUCUUUACAAGCACCAGAAGAAACUAGCGUCUAAGCAGGAACCUGAACCAACCACAAAUGUUAAUAGAACGGGGAAAACAAGAUCCCAAAGAAUGUCGGAUUCUGACGUUUCCUCUAAAGGUGUCGGUUCUCCCACAAAACCCCAACUUCGUGUAACCAUAACUUCACCUAGCGGUGCAGAUAAAAAUGUGCCACUGAGUGCCAAAAACAUUUCGAAAAAUGGCGAUGAUCAUUCUGAGCUUUUUCACAGAGUUAAACAUACCCCAAAAGCGCAAGAUAGUAAGUUCUUGAAUCGUUCUACGACAUCUUUUGGCUCUCGUGAAGAAAUACCGAUGCAUCUGUCGGACAGGGACAUGACAGAUAUGAUACGGAGGAUGGUGGAGGGGGGUAGUGAUUGUCGAAGUGAAGCCCCAGAUACCAAGAGGAAGAAAGGUGGCGGUCGUAUGCAGAAGACCUCCCCUAGUGUAGAUAACAUUUCUGACACGGAAUCCAUCUACUUUGGCAAUGUCAAACGUCUCCUGUCCAGCAAUCAAGCGAGACAAAUUAUCAAAGACCUAAAGAGACGGGACCAAGAAUAUGAUGAUGCGAUGCUCAACAUGAGGAGAAGGGUCGCAAUAGGUGCACAAGGUCAUAAUACCAUGAGACGACCCAACAGCGUCGCAGCUUUCAGAUAA